UGUUGUUAUUGGGCGGAUCCCCUCAAUCCCUCUUGUGAUUGGCGAUUUCAUGCCUUGUGUGACUGUAACCCUAGCAACGUCUCAAACUCCUCAUUGUGAUUGGCAGGUGGCUGUGUCCGUCGCUCCGCGCGGGUGACCGGCUAGUCCAAUUCGGAGGCGGGAGGGGAGGUGAAGCCGGAAGUCGCUGUGGUGUGUUCCGGUGCUGAUGUGGCUGGGGGCGGCGCUUGGCAGCUAAGGUCGGAACCGGGGGCGCUACCGGAGUUGGGUGAACGCGGGGGAGACCGGGCUCCCGGCGCAGCAUUGCACUGGGAACUCAUGUUCAGCUGAUGAUUCACCAGGACCCCCAAAUCUUUUUCAGAGCUACUGAUUCCCAGGUUAGAGUCACUCAUCCUGCCUGAGAUGCUGAGCCGCUUAUCAGGGUUAGCAAACACUGUUCUGCAGGAGCUGUCGGGGGAUGGAAGUGAUGCACAAGUUGAGUCCUCUGCCACUGUGUCGGAGCCAGGAAUGGAGAGCAGGGAGGAGAUGCCCAAAGGUAUACUGGAGCGUCUGGCCCACACAGAGCAGCUGGCUGUCCAGCUGAAGGAUUUGGUCCGAGAGAAGGAUGCCCAGCUCCAGCAGAAAGAAGUUGAACUCAAGGAGGAGAGGGAGGCUGCAGAUGCUAAGUUGAAGAAGCUGAAGCUGCAGGCCAAAGCCAAGCUGGCAGCUCUGAAUAAACGCAUUGAGGAGCUGACAGAGCAGGGGUCAGUGUUGCCUGCAAAAAGCCUGCCAGAAGAGCAGCUGCAUCACAGGAAGCUUCAGAAUAAUCAGAGGACCAAUGAAGAGCAGAGAGAGGAGGCUGAAACACUCAGAAAGAAACUCCAGGAGCAGGAGGACACUGUCAGGAACCUGAUGGAGCAGCUGACUGCAACUAGAGAGAACCUGACAGAUACUCAGACCAAGCAAGCAGCCCAGCUGAGCUGCCUGCAGGAGGUGAUUCGUGAGAAGGAUGCUCUCCUAGAAAAGCAGGUUCACCAACACCAUGCUGAAUUACACCAAGUAGUGGCCCGAUCAGAUCUGGAAGCUGAGAUGCAGCAGAACCUGAGGACACUGCAGAGAAAGCUGGAGGAACAGGAAGCGGCUUUGCUAGGACGAACUCAAGUGGUGGAACUACUGCAGCAGGAAUUACAUGGUGCGGAAGAACAGAACAAGACUCUCUUGGACCAGUGUCAGAGGAUGGAGGCAGAGCUGAGCUCUUUAAAGAACAUGUUGGAUGCAGAGAGAGAGGAGUCUCGAAGCCUCGUGGAGAAGAUGGAGCUGGAAUUGGCUGAGAAGAAGCUGUCCUUCCAUUGCUUACAGGAGGAGGUGCAGUAUCUCUCAGAGCAGCUGGAGCAGGCAGGAAGAACUCGGGCUGAACUGGAAUCUGAAUGUAGAGCUCAGGACCAGAAACACAAGCUGGAGGUAGAAGAGCAAAAGCUGCAUAUUACUUACCUCCAGAUGGCUGAACAAGAGCUGCGAUCUAGCCAUGAUGGCCUCAUAGCUCAGAAUGAUCAGCUGCUGCGGGAUAUUGAUCGGCUGCUGGUGCAGUCUACUGAAAACUCCGCUACCAUACAACACCUGCAAGAUGAGCUCACGCAAAAAUCUGAGGAGUUCGUCCAUUGCCAGACUGAGCUAAAAUUGUUAAAGUCUGAGCCAGUGAUGCAGGUCUCUCAAUCAGAGGAGCAGGUACAAUCUCUAAAGCCAGUCUCUGAGCAGGAUGAAAUACCUCUGCAGAAAAAUGUGGUGGAACAGGAGGAUGAGAAGAGGACUUUACUCCUACCCACUGCAGGCUUGGAGGGGCUAAAGGCUGAAAAUGAGACCCUGUGCUCUCAACAUACCCUCCUGGAGGCUCAGCAUGAAGCUGUGAUGAGCAUGGAAGAUUCAAACCAGACUGACAGCACUGGAACUGAUUCCAAGUUAUUGGACUUGCUGACUCAAGAAGGACCAUCCUGCUCUGGAUACUGCUCACCUGAUGGUCAUUCAGCAACACUAGUGAAUAAUGAACCACAAUCUCCUCAGCCAUCUGAAGAUACCAUGGUUCUAACCCAGCCCAGUACAGAUGAAACCCCAAGAAGCAGCUGUGGGCAGUCUGCUGAAGAAAGUGGCCCAGCUGGCAUUCUGGAGUAUCUUUCUGCAGAGAAACAUAAAGAGCUGUCAGUCUUGUUGCUGGAAUUGAGGGAAGCUCAAGAGGAGAUAAUAUUUCUGAAGGGACAGCUCCUGGACCCAGAAAACCAAACACCUGCAAUGAACUUGGCAGAGGAAGAAAUAAACCUAAUGGGAGGAAGACUCCAGCCAAGAUUCCUUGAGGGAGAAGGACAAAAGACCUCAUCUAUCCAGAGUGAAUUGAGCAGCUGCUCGCUGACAGUGGAGGAAGUGCAGAAAACCUCUGUGCUUCAGGAAGAGACAAACAGCUUCCCAGGAGUACCCCUAGAGCACAUCACCCACAGUGGAGGGGAAAUGGAGGCAGUGCAAGGGCUUAGAGGAGCGCUCUCUGCAGCAACUACAGAGCUUGAUCUUUCUCAGCCUCAGGAGCUGACACAGUUGCAGAUAAAAAUUAUGGAGCUGCAAACAAGUCUGCAGAAAUCCGAGGAAUUGUAUAAGAAAGACUCAGACGAGAAAGUGGCAGAAAUAAAUAGGCUAACCCAGCUGGCUGAGGAAUGCAGGAAAAAUGCAGAGAACUCUAACAGUGCAUUGCAUGUUCUGACUGAAGAGAGAGAUCAGCUCCUGUCUCAGAUGAAGGAGCUUUGUACCAUAACAGAGCUAAAGGAGCAAGUGAAGAAGCUUGAGGGAAAUCUAAUGGAUUCAGAAAAGCAGAGGCUAUCUGACUAUGAAAGCAGAACUGUACAGCACAGUCUACUGAAAGAACAAAUCCAGAGCCUGAAAAAUGAAUAUAAAUCCAAAGAGAUAAAAAUUGAAGCUUUGCAAAAGGACCUGGAUGAGGCACAGCUUCAGCUUUCGAAACAGGAUGCUCUAGCAAAAAGUCUGAGAAACCAGCUCCAGAAGACGGAGUGUGAAGUGCUUGAUCUGCAAGAACAUCUGAGGAAGAACGCAGUCAAGAUAGAGGAGCUUACCCAAGGCAUUGUCUCAAAGGAGCUUGACACAGCAAGGCUAGAACAGGUUCUUGCUGAACAGACUGGGGAUAAUGAGAACCUCCAGCAAACUUUACUGGAGAGGGAUCAGCAGGUGACGGAAAUCAGCAUCACAAUGUCUGAGAAAAUAGUCCAGCUGAAUGAAGAGAAAUUUGCUCUGGGGAGUGAGCUAAAGAGCCUUAAAGAGCAGAUGAGCCUAUUGCUGAAAACUGAGGAGAUAAGAGACCAGCACAUGGGACAAACAGGAGAAGUAGAAGGCUUGUGUCUGAAAUGCAAGGGGUCUGAGCAGCAGAGUGAGAUGGUGGCAGCAGUGUGUAAGGAGAGAGAGGUGCUAGGAAGUGAACUGGAGCGUCUCAAAAAAGAAAAUGAGCAAGUGAAGCGGAAGCUGCAGGCAGCUCUCAUCAACAGGAAGGAACUUCUGAAGAAGGUCAACAAGCUAGAGAAUGAACUGGUGCAAGUGAGAGGGACAUUUGGGGCAGAAGCUCAGAAAGCUGAAGUGGAAGAAACUACAGCAAGUGGCCUAAAUGCAGAGGGAGACGUGACUCCUGAAAGCCAAGCCAGGGAGAUGUCUCUCAUGCAGUUGCUUUCUGAAAGGGAAGCUGAGCUGCAGAGCAUCCAGAAGGACUUGUUGGAGAAAGAAGCAGCUGAAGCACAGUUGCAGGCUCUGAUUGAGGAGAUGAAGAAAAGUUUGCAGGAUAAGACCAACCUAAUUGAUUCAAAGAAGGCUGAAAUUAUGGAAAGCCAGUCAGCCAUCCAGAAACUUAUCACAGCCAAUAAGCACUUGGAAGGUUCUGACCCAGCUGCUUCUAAAGAGGAUGAGGUGGACAGUCCAGCUGCUGCAGGGUUUGAAGAACACCAUAAGUCUGCCCUGAAAGAGAGAAUCUCAGCGCUUGAACAAGAAAAAGAGCAACUUCAAAAGAAGCUUCAGGAAGCACUGACUUCCCGUAAGGACACUAUAAAGAAGGCCCAAGAAAAAGAUCGACACCACAGAGAACAGCUGAAACAGCAGAAGGAUGAUUACAAUCUCCUACAAGAAGAGUUUGGUAAGCAAAGCAAAGAGAAGGAAAGCAUCCAAGAUCAGCUCAAGCAACUCCAAGCACAGAGUGAGUGUACAGAGAGCCGUUCUCUGCCAGGCAUCCAUUUCCAAAGGUCAGCUGAGUCUGUACUUGAUGUAACACAACAGCUUGUAGGAAACGUACAGCAUUCUGGCUGGAGCCAAGGUUGGAUUGAGUCUUCAUGCUUGGAAGUAGAAAAUGCUAAGACAAAUAACCUCUUACAGGAGACGGAUGUUUCUGUAGAAGAGUUUAAGGCAGAGCUCAAGAAUCUGCAGACCAAGAAAGAUGAACUAGAAUUCAAAGUCAGUCAGUUGGAAAGUGAUCUUGCUUGCAAAUCAGAAGCAGUCAUUCAGCUACAAGAGCACAUAGCACAAUUGCUCUCAGAGAUGGAGGAUCUGAAGAGCACUUGUCACCAGGUGGAAGCCCAUGCAGCAAGUCUUCAGGCAGAACUGGAAAAAAGUAAAGCAGAGAUUUCCAGACAGGACAAUCUGAAGGCACUUAAACAAGAAGUAGGGGAGCUAAAAAAUCUCAUGAGCAAAAAGGAUGAAGAAAUUGAACUCUUAAACUUGCAGCUAAGAGAGAAAAGCAAAGCUCUUACUCGUGUACAGAAAGAUUUCCUGGAAAAAGAAGACUUGAUCAAGACUCUGCACAGUCAACUGGAAAAACAAACUAGUAUGCAUGAGGAACAAAGCAAGCGACUGAAAGCUGAGCUUCUUGAAGUCCAGCAGAGACCAGAUGAGGGGGCUGAAGAAGCCAAAUAUAAGAGCCAAAUGCAGAGAAAGCUGCAGGCUGCACUCAUCUCUAGAAAAGAGGCGCUUAAAGAGAGUAAGACUCUAAAAGAGGAACUGGCUACUGCCAAAAUGACUAUAGAAAAUCUCUCUCUGAGGUUGGCAGAUAUGGAGAGCCAGGUUUGUGAUUGGGAUAGGCAAAAAGAUGCCUUAUUAGAAAAAUUAGUAGGUGUCACUGAAGAGAGAGAGAAACUCAUUGCAGAAGUUGACAAAGCUUUAAUGGAAAAUCAGAACCUUGAUAGCUCUUGUGAAAGCCUGAAGCUUGCUCUAGAGGGGAUCACUCAAGAGAAGGAGAAGCUAGAGAAGGAGAUGGAAUCCUUGAAAUGUUCGCAGGCUGCUGAGAGUUCUGAGUGGCAAGAGAAAUAUAAGGAGCUGCAGAAAGAAUAUGAAACCCUCUUGCAGUCCUAUGAGAAUGUAAGUAAUGAGGCUGAGCGAAUUCAUCGUGUUCUGGAAACUAUCAGGCAGGAAAAGCAAGACAUUUUCAGCAAGUUGAAAGGUGCUGAGGCUAAGAAAAGAGAAGUAGAUAAGCAGCUGCAGGAGGCUGAGCAGGAGAUGGAGGGAAUGAAAGAAAAAAUGAGGAAGUUUGCAAAAUCCAAGCAACAAAAGAUCCUGGAACUGGAGGAAGAGAACGAACGCCUGAGAGCAGAGUUGCACCCUACAGAGAGUGACCUAAACAGGGAUGGAAAUAUGGCUCUCUUGACAAGCACUAGUCUUAGAGAGGCACUAGAGAGCUCUAGGAGGGACUGCCAAUCUCUUUCCAUUCAACUUGAAGCAUUAAUGGCUGAAAAGGGUUCUCUUAGUCAAGAAGUUCAAGUCUUAAAGCACCAAUUACAGUGCACAGAAUCCAAGCUGAAGGAAAACCUAGAGGCAUCAGUGAAGCAUGGUGUCCAAAAAACUAUAGUGGAAGGAGCAAAUCAAGCCAUUCUCACAGCAGCAUUACCUCUAGAAGUGGCUGACAAUCAAGUGGAUUUAGGGCCCUGCGCAAAGUCUCCAGAGCCUCUUAGAGCAGGCAUUGUAACUGAUGCAGAAGAGAAAUUAAAUGAAGAUAGCAGCUCACAUGAUGAAAUUAAUACUUACUUACAGCAAAUAGCUCAGCUCACAGAGCGAAUCACAGAACUGGAGGAGAAUAGAAUGGCUGCAGAAGAACAAGUAGGCAGCAUCUGCAGGAGUGCUGAAACCUUAGGAGAGGAGAAAAAGGCCUUAGAGAGCCAAGUGGCAGCAAAAGUCCAUGAACUGAACACCCUUCAGGAAACAGUAGCCAAGAGGGAACUAACUAACAGACAAAUCGAAGAGCAACUUGUCAGAAUGACAAAGUUGAAGGAAACGCUGGAGGCAGAGAAGGAUGACUUGGAGGAAAGGCUCAUGAAUCAGCUAGCAGAACUUAAUGGAAGUAUUGGAAACUAUCAACAAGACAUGGCUGACCUCCAAACCAAAAAUGAGCAACUGAAAUCUGAGCUCCAGAGCUUGCAAAGAAUGGUAAGUGAGCUGGAGAAGGAGAAGUGGCAGCUAGUGAGAGAGAAAACUGAGGCAGAGGCAGACACACAGAAGGAAUAUGCAGAAAAACUAAAAUGUGCUCGGAAGGGAGAUGGCAGCAGAACUCAUGCAAAAGAGCUUCAGGAGCUGCUGAAACAGAAACAGCAGGAGGUGAAGCAGUUGCAGAAGGACUGUAUUAAAAGCCAGGAGAAGAUCAGUAGUCUAGAGAGAACUGUUAAAGCUCUGCAGUUUGUUCAAAGUGAGUCUCAAAAGGAACUUACAACAGCCAAAGAGAACUUAGCCAAAGCAUGUGAAGACACCAAGAAAGCACAAGCAGAGCUGGCUUCCUGCAGAAUAUUACUGGAUGAUACUCAGAGCGAGACAGCAAGGGUUCUAGCAGAGAGUCUCAAAGUGAAAGAGGAGCUGCAGGCAAACAAAGAGCAUGUUAAAAUUCAAAUGAAGAGAAAGGAUGAAGAUUUUGAGAGAAGACUGGAACAAGAAAAAGACAAGCACUCAAAGGAGAUAAAUAACAUGGAGGAAAAGCUGGCAUCUUUGCAGAGAGAGAGAGAUUAUAUGGAAGGGACUGUCAGAGACAUUCAAGAUUCCUUGUACAGAAAGGACCAAGAAGCCAAGCAGCUCCAAGGCAGCCUUAACAAAACCCUGGCCCAGCUUGCAGCCUUCACCAGGAGCAUGACUUCCCUCCAGGAUGAUAGGGAUCGAGUGAUAGAUGAGUCCAAAAAAUGGGAGAAGAAGUUCACUGAGGCUAUUCAAAAGAAGGAAGAGGAGAUCCAUGCUAGAGAGGAGACCUGCACUGUUCUAAAGGAUCAGAUGAGGCAGAUGUCCAUGCAUAUAGAGGAGCUACAGAUUCAUGUAUCCAGGCUGGAACACAACAAACAGGAUUGGGAGUCUGAGUCUCAGAGAGUGAUUCAGCAGCAUCAAAAGAUGUCUGACAUGUUGCAGGAGGAAAACAAAGGGCUCGUGUCUCAGUUAGAAGAGUAUCAGAGAUUAUAUACAGACUCUCAAAAUGAACUGCAGAAGCUAGAUGCAGAAAUCAAGUGCCUCAGAGACCAGCUUGCUCAUUUGCAUAACUCCUUCACUAAGUCUGAGAUAGCAAGAGAAGAAAUGGAAAGCAUGGUCAAGCAACAAGAGGCCAGUAUCCAGAACUGUAAAUUCAACUGUGAGCAGCUUGAGGCUGACCUACAGGCCUCCAAGGACCUGACAAACAAGCUGCACAAAGAAAUUGGUGCCAAAGAUCAGAAGAUUAUCAGUCUACUGUCUGCUAAGGAAGAGGCAGUCAUGACUGUUGUAUCUGAGUUACAGCAGCAACACGGUGAAGAGGUUAAAAAGCUGGAGGACAGGCUGGGCAAGAAGGAAGAAGAGAAAGUGACCCUGGAAAACGAGAGAGAGAAAGCACUGGACAAGCUUAAUCAUCUUAUGGAAACAAUGAAGAUAACCAGAGAGGAAAAUAAGCAGCAGAAGGCACAGCUGGCUUCCUUCACCAAAUGCAUGUCUUCUCUGCAGGAUGACAGAGACCGUGUGCUGAGAGACUAUAAACAGCUGGAAGAGCGUCAUCUUGUUAUAAUCCUGGAGAAAGACCAGUUGAUUCAAGAGGCUGCUGCUGAGAACAACAAGCUCAAAGAGGAGAUUCGAAGCUUCCAUAGCCGGAUGGAUGACCUCAACUCUGAAAAUGCCAAACUGGAUGCAGAACUUGUGCGGUAUAGGGAGGACCUGAACCAGGUGAUUUCAAUAAAGGAUUCCCAGCAAAAGCAACUCCUCAAAACACAGCUUCAGCGAAUCCAAGUGCUGGAAAGUGAAAAGGUCAACAUAGAAGGGCAUCUGAAGGAGUCUGAACAUGCUGUGGAAGAUCUCAGGCAGUGUGUGGAAGCCCUGAAAGAGGACAAACAAAGCAUGUCCAAAGAGAUUGAGAACAUGACAUUCUCUCUAUCUCAGAUUCAGAGCGAGAUGACAGCUUUACAUGAAGGGAGACUCAUUGUGGAGCUGGAGACCCAAUUAAAAGAUCGGGAGAAGGAGGUGCAAGAUCUGAGCGGUAAGCUUGCCCUCUCACAGAACAGGGUAGCAGAAUUAGAGGAGGAACUGGUCCAUGUCCAAAGGAGUGCAGCCAAGAAGGUGGGAGAGGCUGAGGACAAACUUGAGAAUGAACUGAAGCAUCUACAUCAUGAUGCAGGGGUAAUGCGGAAUGAAACUGAAACAGCAGAAGAGAGGGUAGCAGAGCUGGCAGGGGACCUGAUGGAAAUGGAACAGAAAUUUCUUACAGUCACAGAGGACAACAAAGAUCUGAGAGCCCAAAUUCAGUCUUUUGGGAAGUCCAUGAGCUCUCUCCAGAAUAGCUGGGACCAAACUAAUGAAGAGCUUCAGGUGCUGGGAAAGAAGUACUCUGCAGACUUAGAGAAGCAGCAGUGUCUAGUACAGAGCCUCCAGAAGGAGAUGGCUCAAUUACAGGAAGAGCUGCACUCCACUGCCAGAGAGAGAGAGACUCUGAUGUCUGAACUGACAGCCCUGAAGAAUGCUGAUGAUAAAAAAGAUCUGUUAUUUCAGCUUGAGGAACUUAACCGACAGCUCAGAGUCAAAGAGGAAGAGCUUCUCCGCUUGUCUUUGGAACUGGAGGAGUCCUCCAGCCAGGUAAAGUCCUUCUCUAGGGCCAUGGCAAGCCUGCAGGAUGAGAGAGACCGUCUGUUGAGUGAAUUGGACAAAGCACAUAAGGUGGAGGAAGUGAAGCAGCAGACAGCAGUGAACUCUUCCACCAGCCCUGCAGAAGUGCAGAGCCUGAAGAAGGCAUUGUCCUCCUUGCAGGAUGACAGAGACAGACUGUUGACAGAGCUGAAGAAUCUGCAGCAGCAGUACCUGCAGAGUGGCAUGGAAACAGCUGAGAUCUCUCACUUAAAGGCUCGACUGCAGGAGUAUCAGCAAGAGGCUGAUAAACAGCAUUGUCUCCAAGAACAAUUGAGGCAGGACAGCAUUUCCUGCCGACAGGAGCUCCACCAGCUCAGACAGGAGAAGACCACAUGGGAGAUGCAGAACAAGAGGGAAAAAGAGCAGUACUUGAUGGCCUUGGCGGACAAAGACCAGCAGCUAAGUCACUUGCAAAGGAUUGUGCAAGAUUGUGUGAAGUCACCCCUGUCCAAGACGCAGGUCAUAGAGGAGCAAUACCAAAGGCAGACUUCUCCAGAGACCCCCAGCUCCAGUGAAACUUUGGGAGGGGACCCGUCCAGCCUAGAAUCCGAAACAGAUCACCUCCGGGUCCAACUGGGUGACAGCCUGAAAGAACUGCACCAAAAGGAGCUGAGAAUUCAACAGUUAAACAGUAAGCUCUCUCAGAUCUUUGAGGAGAAAAAUGCCCUCUCUAUCCAGCUGCGGGGCAGCAGCCAGAAUCUCCGUGAGAGCCACCAGCACUGCCGUGAGGUCCUGAACCGCUGCAUGGCCCUGGAGAGGCAGCUGCAGGAGCUGCAAUCCCCAAACAAGGAUAUGAGGUCACUCGUGACAGAUGCUGCUCCAGGAGCCCCUCAGGAAAAGAACGAACUUCAAAGAGAGUGUUACACUCCAGAAUUGCAGGAAUUACAGCUGAGGUUAUCAGAGGCCAAACAUCUGCACAGCAGCACAAAGCAGGACCUGAGGCGUUUGGAAGAGCAGCUGCAUGAGGAACGAGACCAGCGUCUUGCUGCAGAGGAGGCUUUCUCAGCAGCACAGGAUCAGAUCAGGAGGUUGGAGUCAAGUGAAUGGGCAUCUGCUCUGGGUUCCAGCAUUGAUGUGUCUCCACUCCAUGAACACUCCUUGCUGAUUGACCCCAUGGACAGUUCCUUUAGCAAGGUCAGCUCCCAGACUGCUGCGCUGGGCAUCGCAAAAUGGGGAAGAGAUGGCCAGCCCUCUGUGGAGAUAGAGGUGAUUAGGGACUAUUUAGAAAAGCUGGACGUGCACAAGUCCAUGGGGCCGGACGAGUUGCAUCCAAGAGUGCUGAAGGAAUUGGCGGCUGUGAUUGCAGAGCCAUUGGCCAUUAUCUUUGAAAACUCGUGGCGAACCGGGGAAGUCCCAGAUGACUGGAAAAAGGCUAAUGUAGUGCCAAUCUUUAAAAAAGGGAAGAAGGAGGAUCCUGGGAACUACAGGCCAGUCAGCCUCACCUCAGUCCCUGGAAAAAUCAUGGAGCAAGUCCUCAAAGAAUCAAUCCUGAAGCACUUGCAUGAGAGGAAAGUGAUCAGGAACAGCCAGCAUGGAUUCACCAAGGGAAGACUCGGAGCAACUCUGGUUUGUGGCGGCAGCUGCGCUUUCUCUUCUGUUCCAGGACCCGCCUACCACUGCUGGUGACCGUGUAUUUGCUCAUGCUUCACAUCCUACUCUUCCUGUGCUUUACAGGCCACCUGUGAGCAGGGCCAACAGUCUCUCCCUGAGCAUCAGACCUUUACCCCAUGCCUGUGCCAGACAGGUUUUUGGGCCAGCAGUCACCAGUGCCCCGCACCAGCUGGCCACCCACCUAGCUAGCUCUGUGGGGCAACUGAGCCCAGCAGUCUCCAGCACUCACCCCUGAGCUGCUUGCUCUGGCCCAACUGGGUGGCUGCUGUGGCUGAAGGUCGGAGUCUGUCUGUUUCCAGAAGACAGCCUUUCACACACACCCUCACGAAGUGUUACCAGGUCAUCUUUUCUGAGCCAGGCUCCUCAGGCUGGGAAUGAGUGAAGACGGUGUAAUCUGCAGCUUCCACCUGCAGACGGCUCCACUCCAGCUGUUAAUCAUUUGUGAUGGGGGUUGCAGAGAAAAUGCUGUCAUGUACUGCAGCUCCCAGUGCCUUCAGAAGGUUCGCUGGCACCACUGCAUCUUGUCAUGCUUACACUCAUGCCGGUAUCAAUGGUUGUACCAGCCUAGAAAGUGGCAUUGGCCACCUGCCCCUCAGUCCACAGGUCAUUGGCUUUGCAGGUGAUGGCUCACCCUACCCAUCUGCAGUGUUCCUUCCCUUUCACAGAUAGUACUAUCGUAUUGCGGAGAUUGCACCAGUCCAUGAGCAAGGGAGGGAAGCUCCCGCCCCGCUGAUCCCCCAGAUCUUAAACCCAGCCACUUGGGCCCUUCUAGUGAUGAUUAAAAACAAGAAAGGGAAGUUGUGGAGUUUUUACGGGAUACUAUAUAAAACCAAUCAGGGUCUGUUUUAUAACUUUUUUCAGUGGGGCUAAUUUUUGGGUUUCAGCUCAGUAGAGUUCCCUGCAGGAGAAGGGCAAUCACUGCAGCAUGCAGACAUGCUGAGCCUUACAUCUAAGGGCUUUUGUAAGUAUUUGCUGUUAUGCCCCUGCAGGAGAAGGGCAGUAAUUUAAUUAUUGAAAGCGAAUAGGGGACUUGACCUUUUAUCUCUAAUUUAAUCAUUGCACUAAUUAUAAAGCUUGUGCAGUUCUUGCUGCGGAUAGGGGAGAGGAGAAGAGAAGUCCUGCACCCUGUUUCCUUUGAAAAGACUAAACCUGGAUAAUUUGUGCUACAGGGUAUAGCUCCAAGCGGUCUGGGCUCUCCAUGGAUUACAAGAACCCCACAGACAAACCCCUCCCUGUUGUAAGGGGAAGAUUCCUAAGGCCUCUGCCCCACCCCCACUUCAUGAGACUUCUUUCUGGAGAAGCCUGUGACUGGUGUUGCUGGGGUGGCUGCAUGUACCCUAUGCCAUACACUCUAAAUGCAGUUGGGCCUGUUCCCACUGAUUGUGUAGAUGGCAGAGUUCAGAGCUCUCUACGGAGCGUCUGAACAUGCUCCAUACAGAGAAUGAGAUACUAAUGUACCUGGAGAUGAGGAUUCUGAACACAGUGGUGACUGCUCCAGUUGAGAAAGGAGGGUGGAACCUAUCAGAUAAGCCUUCACUUAGAGCUGCCAUCUACUUUGUAAGGUGUGCCUCUCCCUUCCUCGUUUUAGAAUGCCCUCCCCCCACACACCGUUUAAUGGAGGAAAGUUAAUUCUCCUGACGCUGUUCUUAGUCCAGGUCUCCAGGGUCGCUGAACUGAGCCUGUGAAGAGACAGGGACUGGUUCCUUUGCUGUCCCUAAAGCAACUGGACCUCUGGCUAGGUCCAGAACACUGAAGCCAUAUAUCUGUGCUCCCCCAUGAGUAUUUAUAGAGAGCGUGCCCUGCAGGAUUCCCCCCUUGAUUCUUUGAAAUCCAGUGACUGAACCUCUCUCGUAUAGCUUCCUGGGGCACAUGCUCCUGUGUACAAUAAAGAUUAUUUUUCAGAGUGAA